AUUUUAACUCUCUCCUGCUAACCUUGCCUUUUCCUAACUCUCUCCACCCCAUCCCCAGCAUCCUUCCUCAGCUCUGUGUGUGGCUUGGGUCCUUUAAACCUCUCCUUAUGCUUCCUUUUGAUAUUCUGUUCCUGUUUGCAAGGCAUUUACAAUGAUAAUUAACAUCCCCUCAGUGCGCUCCCCCCCACCCCCCAACCCAAUCCCAGGGCUCUCUUAGCCUCUUAGCUGUGGACUGUGGGACAGGAAUGAAGUGCUAACACUGGCUGGAAUUUUGCUGGUUUGGACAAGUUGAAGGCUGAACAGAAGGUCUGGUCUGAAGAGGGGAGAGGGACUGUCAGUACAGCAGGGACUCACUUCUUUCCAGAGGAUAUUUUUCCAUGACGUUCCACCACCCCACGUCACUCAGUCAACAUUCAGGGCUACAUGAAGACUUUAUACAGGUUUUCAUUUGGAGAAGGCAGAUUAAGCCCUGAGUAUAUGCAUGUUAUAAAAAUGAAAGAGAAAGCCUGUCUUCUAAGAUCUCAUUCUGUCUGGGUAUGGAUGUCUGCCCUCUGAAACUGCAGUGCAAGGGAGGCAAAAAUUGUGUGACUCUGAUUAAAGCUGCAGAAGGGGUCCUUUCAGCCUCCCAUUUUCUCCCCUGAAUUUAUAGGUUGGGAAGGAAUUGCUGGUGAGUUCAUACUACCUUCCUGGAAGUGUAGAGAUUUCAUUUGCCGCUUUGGGAAGUUUUCUGUUGUUAUCAGGGCAAGAGGAAACAUCUGUAUUUGGUCGUAUUAUCAUGGUAGUGGCUGAGAUGCCAGAGGGAGAAGGUAGUGAGCACCACGGGUGGGCACAGGGGAAUAAAAGAAUGGAACAAAUGCCCACAUGGUGGACAUGGCCUUUUCAUAACACAAACCAGAGAACCGGCCAUAUCUUUUGAGAUAAGUUAAAUAUGAAAUUUAUUGGAACUCUGAUCUAGUCUCUGAUGUAAUGCAAGGGUUGAAAACAUCAAGAAUUUGCUAACUGACAAGGAAAAACAUUCAGCCCACCUGGCUUUCUUCUUCAAUCUUGUGAAGUGGUCCUUUUGAGAACAACACUGUGUGGGAAGGGCCGAUUUGAAAACAUUUAGGUAAGGUUUCUGAAGAGGUGAAAAAGAAGUUAGCUCAAUCAAGCACGUUGUCAUGCUUGAGGUAUGUCAUGCUAAAAUGAACUCCCAGAAGACACUGCUGAUUUCAGGAGGUUUAGGGCAUAAAUUGAGAGCAUGGCUAAUAUCUUGAGGGCUUUCAUUUUUAAAGAUUCAAACGUUGAUGGUCUGAAGUACAAUAUGGUUACCUGAAAUCAUCUGUGCUAAUGUGAGGGAAACACAAUGUGGAAACCCAAACAGUAGAUCAACCAUAGACAAUGUCUAUUUGUUUUUGGCAUGCAUUACGGAGUUUUGGCAGGAGAUAUACAUUUGUAAUGAUGUUUCACUUUGGCUAAUGUUGAAAUGACUGCGUUUCCUGAGUAUAGGGAGAAUGCAGCCCCAGAGUGUGCUGGCAGGCAAGGAGAGGACAAUUGGGGAUUACAGAUAUGCUGUGAAUAAUUCCUGAAGUGGAUAAUGCUAAAAUUGUCAUCAAAAGAGGGUCUGUCUUGGUUUGGGUGAAGGACAGAAGAAAAGAAGAAACACACUUCAUGAAUUCAAAAAGUCAGCAAAGACUACUCUAAUUAAAGAAGACCCAUUACUGAAGAUAAAAACAAAAAAAAUGAACACUGCAGACCAAUGUGCCAAUAGAUGUAUUAGGAAUAAAGGACUUCCAUUCACUUGCAAGGCCUUUGUUUUUGAUAAAGCAAGGAAACGAUGCCUCUGGUUCCCUUUCAAUAGCAUGACAAGUGGAGUGAAAAAAGAGUUUGGUCAUGAAUUCGAUCUCUAUGAAAACAAAGACUACAUUAGAAACUGCAUCAUUGGCAAAGGAGGUAGCUACAAGGGAACAGUAUCUAUCACUAAGAGUGGCAUCAAAUGCCAGCCUUGGAAUUCUAUGAUACCACAUGAACACAGCUUUUUGCCUUCGAGCUAUCGGGGUAAAGACCUACAGGAAAACUACUGUCGAAAUCCUCGAGGGGAAGAAGGGGGACCUUGGUGUUUCACAAGCAAUCCAGAGGUACGCUACGAAGUCUGUGACAUUCCUCAGUGUUCAGAAGUUGAAUGCAUGACCUGCAAUGGGGAAAGUUAUCGAGGUCCCAUGGAUCAUACAGAAUCAGGCAAGAUUUGUCAGCGCUGGGAUCGUCAGACACCACACCGGCACAAAUUCUUGCCAGAAAGAUAUCCCGACAAGGGCUUUGAUGAUAAUUAUUGCCGCAAUCCUGAUGGCAAGCCGAGGCCAUGGUGCUAUACUCUUGACCCUGACACCCCCUGGGAGUACUGUGCAAUUAAAAUGUGCGCUCACAGUACUAUGAAUGACACAGAUGUGCCUAUGGAAACAACUGAAUGCAUUCAGGGUCAAGGAGAAGGUUACCGGGGCACCAUCAACUCCAUCUGGAAUGGAGUUCCAUGUCAGCGUUGGGAUUCCCAGUAUCCUCACCAGCAUGACAUAACUCCUGAAAAUUUCAAGUGCAAGGACCUACGAGAAAAUUUUUGCCGAAAUCCAGAUGGAGCUGAGUCACCCUGGUGUUUUACCACUGAUCCAAACAUCCGAGUUGGCUACUGCUCCCAAAUUCCAAAAUGUGAUGUGUCGAGUGGACAAGAUUGUUAUCGUGGGAAUGGCAAAAAUUAUAUGGGCAAUUUAUCCAAAACACGAUCUGGACUAACAUGUUCAAUGUGGGAGAAGAACAUGGAAGACUUACACAGGCAUAUCUUCUGGGAACCAGAUGCUAGUAAGCUGAAUAAGAAUUACUGCCGGAAUCCUGAUGAUGAUGCCCAUGGCCCCUGGUGUUACACGGGAAAUCCUCUCAUUCCAUGGGAUUAUUGUCCUAUUUCUCGUUGUGAAGGUGAUACCACACCUACAAUAGUCAAUUUAGACCAUCCCGUAAUAUCUUGUGCCAAAACAAAACAACUGCGAGUUGUAAAUGGAAUCCCAACACGGACAAAUGUAGGAUGGAUGGUUAGUUUGAAAUACAGAAAUAAACAUAUCUGUGGAGGAUCAUUGAUAAAGGAAAGUUGGAUUCUUACCGCAAGACAGUGUUUCCCUUCUCGAAACAAAGACUUGAAAGAUUACGAAGCUUGGCUUGGGAUUCAUGAUGUCCACGGAAGAGGAGAUGAGAAACGCAAACAGGUUCUAAAUGUGUCCCAGCUGGUAUAUGGGCCUGAAGGGUCAGAUCUGGUAUUACUGAAGCUUGCUAGGCCUGCUGUCCUGGAUGAUUUUGUUAGUACAAUUGAUUUACCUAAUUAUGGAUGCACCAUUCCUGAAAAAACCACUUGCAGUGUUUAUGGCUGGGGUUAUACUGGAUCAAUCAACUCUGAUGGUCUAUUACGAGUAGCACAUCUCUAUAUUAUGGGGAAUGAGAAAUGCAGCCAAUACCAUCAAGGGAAGGUGACUCUGAAUGAGUCUGAAAUAUGUGCAGGUGCCGAAAAUAUUGUGUCAGGACCAUGUGAGGGAGAUUAUGGUGGCCCACUUGUUUGUGAACAACAUAAAAUGAGAAUGGUCCUUGGUGUCAUUGUUCCUGGUCGUGGAUGUGCCAUUCCAAAUCGUCCUGGCAUUUUUGUCCGAGUAGCAUAUUAUGCAAAAUGGAUACACAAAAUUAUAUUAACAUAUAAGAUACCACAGUCAUAGCUGAUGUAACUGUGUUUGAGGCUUGCAUCAGUACAAUUCCCUUUUACAUGAAGAUUUCGGAGAACAUGGAAUUAAAAUGUCACUGAAAACAAUCCUGAGACAACUACUUGAGUGUCAUGUUUGUUAAGAUACUCAUUAAUAUUUAUGGGUGUUUUCUGUCGUUUCGUUUGUCAGUGUUAUUUUGUAAAUGUUGAAGUGAAUUAAGGUACAUGCAAGUGUAGUAACAUAUCUCCUGAAGAUACUUGAAUGGAUUAAAAACUGCAAAGGUAUAAUUGCUGGAUGAUAAAAGAUUUAAUGGAAAAGUUCAAUUACUCUCUCUAUGCUGCUUUCCAAGAUUAAUUUCUUAAUAAUGAAUAAACCAUGAGUUAAACAUUAUUUUAACCUCACAAAGACAAUUUAUACCUGUGCCCUUAAACUGUAGCUCUAUAUUAAAUUAUAUUACCUUUCAUACGCAAUACACUAUAUUUCAUUCAUUCCUCCUCACUGUGUAUCUUGUAAUACUGGUACACAUACUUUUUAUGAAAUCAUGUACCCAUAUAAUCCUACUUGGGUGCACAUGUGCAUGCACUAGAGUUCAAAUCGUGGUAUAUCUAAUGUAGCCUCUAAAUAUUUUGAGUGCUUACCUAUAUAGUUUGUCCUUAAGAGGAAACUAUAAAUGUCUAAAGACCAGUAGAAAAUUUAAGGAAAGGUGCAAGACAGAAGUGACCAGCUCAUUCUCUAGAAAUAAUCUGCAGAUGAUUUCUACUGGUUGGCAUUUAAGGUGUGGUCAUGACCCACAAAGUUAAGUAAUGCCUAAUCUAGGUGUUUAAACAUAUUUAGCAUCCUAGUCAUUGUGUAGUUUCUAAUUCUUAAAAGGAAGAGGGUAAUAUGUGUAUUAGUAUUAUUUCUUUCCUUCAAAUUUAGGGACACUUAUUUAUGAAAGAUAUUUUUAGAUCUACUUUCCUAAAAUACUUUUUACUAGUCUUAGAUAAUUGUGUAAUUGAAGCUUAAAAAUGUUUCGGUCUUUAAAAUGUAUUUAAGUAGCUUAAUUAUAAGACUUGCUGGGUGAUUGGCUUGUAGUUCGCCUUCUUUGAAUUUUUAAAGAUUAUUUCAGAGGAAAAUUUCCAUGUAUCCCCAAAGAUUUGUAAAGAGACUUCCAUCAAACUAUGCAUUACAGUACAUAUUGAAGAAAAAAAAUCAGAAUACAUUUCUUAACCUGGAACUCUUUUAGCCUAAUAAAACUUUAUUUAAGUAAAGGGGAAAAAAAUGUAAUAGGAAAGGAAAUAAACUAGCUUGUCUAAACUCUGAAUUCAGUUAUAUUUUUAAAGGAGAGUUAAAUCUGCUGAAUGAGAUUUUUAUCAAGGUAUCUAAAUUUUGUCUUAUUUCAUUUUACAACUUUGGCAUCUUUCUAAUGCCAUGGGGAAUAUUCAUUUGAAUUUUGUAUUCUGUCUAAUAAUACCAGAUUAUCAUGUUUAUUAUUGUAUUUGACAUGAUUAGCUAAAAAAUCAUGUAUUUCUCAAGAAAUGAGAUCACAAGGACUAAUAGGAUAGGUUGUGAAUUUUCACAAAACCAUCCCGUACAAAUUUUAAAAUGAUUAUUUGAAUGCUCCCAAUCCGGUAUCACCAUUAUCUCUCAUGUGUUUUUCUUGAAUAAUGUCAAGUAAGGCCAGAGAUCCUAAUCAUGCUCUAAAAGUUUCAUAGGACACUGUUUAAUCUUGAGUAAAAUGCUCUUAAAUUUACUUGAAAACUUAGUCCACAGAGUGUAGGACAGCAAGUCGAGAAAUGCCUAUCCAAAUUGUGCAAUAGAUACAUAUAUAUAUAUAUAUAUAUAUGUGUGUGUAUGUGUAUGUAUGUGUCCAUUGCACAAUUUGCAUAUAUAUAUGUAUAUAUAUGUACAUGUACAUGUAUAUGUACAUAUGGUCAGAUAUGUGCUAGUAUCAAGAAACAGGGAAAGCAAAGAGACUUCCAAAAAGCUGUCAGUUCACACCAUCUUAUUUGAUUGUAUUUUUCUUUCCUUAUAUGAUAUAUCAUUCUAAUCCAAACACUAGGAAUUUCAAAGGUAUAUUGUCCAAAAAUUAUUUUUCAGUUUUUUCUUGCUGAACUGGCAAAAUUUUAUUCAGUCAUAUAUUAGCGAUAUUUGUAAAACAUUUAUGAAAUUCUAAUACUUUUAAAAACUCAUAUUUUAAAAUAUUUCUUAUACGACGUUUCUUCCAAAUUUCCAUGGAACGAGAGAUAGGGAUUCCCUAGAUACAAGAUGAGGCUAACUUUGUAGAUAUUUUGAACUCACUGUUUUCCAUUUUCUUAAAGGGUGAAAACAUACCACCCAUGAAACAUCAGACAUGGUACACAAAGCAGUUACAGCUUUGGGAAGUUCCCUUUGUAACAGAGGGAGGUCAGCAGAACUGACAAUAAAAGCAAGAUGAACAAGAUCCAUGUUAUUUUAGGUGGUAGGACAAUGGAUAAUAAUAAUGUCAUUUUUCUCUGGUGAAAGAUACUAUUUCCUGGGCAUUCUCUUAUUAAUAAAUGAUAAAAAAUUAAAAAUCCAAGUUAUCCAAAAUCCAUCGUAUUUUGAGUAAUGGACAAAGGGAGCUUUUAAAUUAGAAGUUUUUAAUGCUAUUUUUGUUUGGGUUGUUUGAAUAAUGGUUAUGUGCAGUUGUCACUGUGGACAUUUUCUUAUGUCUUCCAGGAACAGUAAUGUAAAAUUAAAAUAUUUGUCAUAAUGCCUCUGCUGUGCAGAAGGGGUGAUAAUCCUUUUGUAUACUUCCUUAAUUUUAUUGUAAAAUAUGUAAUAAGUUUUACCUAUUUGCUGUGGGCAGGUCCCCAGUAAAAUGGUUUAUAUUGAAUCAAUUUCUAGUAUUAACAGGCUCUUGCUUGCUAUCUGAGUGUUUCAAACUGUGGGAAAUUUGAGACACUGGAAGGCAAGAAAAAUAACAGUAAUGGCAUGUGAUAGCAAAAUUGUAUUUCACUUAUUCCUGUGAAUAUUUCUUGUUGGUACCAAUGGUACUAUACAAAGUGAAUGUUAUAGCCGCAACAUUCUCUUGGGGGGUAAAAAAAAAAAGCACUGUCAAGAAAUUGUUGUCAGACAUUUUGUUGUCGUUGUUGUUGUUUCUAAAUAUCUUCAUUUCUUUAAAGAAAUAAAUACUGGUAUUGCAAUAUAGAAAUCAUGAGAUAAGGAAUUUUAAUAAACUCUCUUGCUAAAAACUUUAAAUUGAUUAAGGUUCCAAAUAUAACUACUUUCAAUUAUAUUACAUAUUGAUAGACAAACUCAUUUGGAGAAAAGUCAACUUGAAUAAAAAGACAUAGUUGUGUGUCAAUACCUCUCACAAUAAAGUAUCUUUUAAUGUUCAACUGAGUUUUGUAGUAAGAAUUUACUAAUACAAGAAAAAUGUUAACAUUUUCUGGUCCCUAUAAAUCUUGACAGUGUAAUUUUAAGUAAGUUCAUUUCCAUUUGCACAGAAAGUUUCUAUCUUUAGGAAACUGAAAAGGGAAUACUGUGGAUGUUAUAACUGUUUGUCUUGGUGUAAAUAGGAAAUUGAUAAGCUGCCUAUUGAGUGGUAUGGCUGGAUGCUUACCCAAAAGGGGACACUGUGGUUAUGACUUGUAUAUAAAGUUCCUGUAGUUAAUAAAGUUGCUAUUUUUAUAACCAUGAUUAUAUUAUUAUUCUUAAUAAUAAUAAAAUAUUUUAUCAAAAUGCUUCCCUUCUCUUAUUAUAAUUAUACACAUGGGCAUGUUUGAAUCUGUUCUAGGGCUUAGUGCAGAAAACAAUGAUCUCAUUGACAGAAAUUACAUAUACUUUGUUGUAAGAAAUCCCAAAACUAAGACAAAUAGGCAUUAGUUUAUUCCAAACUUGUAUCCGUGGCAUUAUCAGUGGUUGUCAGUAAACCAUUCAUCUCUAUGUAUUUUGAUUUCCUCCACUGUAACAUGUAAUUAUUUAGUCAUUUUCAUAUUUGCUAGAAUGGUGCUAUGAUAUAACUUGCUAAUAUAAGAAAAAUGUUGUCAUGAAUGAUUACCUAAAUUCCUUUAUCAUAUCAUUAUAUAUUACAGAAGUAAUUGCAAAUGAUUCAAAUAAUCAAUUUGUACUCUACCUUUAAAAUAAGCAGUAAAUUCACAAUAAAUGUGAAUCCAAUGGAUGCGCCUAAUUCAAACUGAAAGCAAGUUUGGAAGAACAAAUUACCAAUUCAUCUAACCAAAAGAGCUCUGUAACACUAUUGAUUUUUCAACUUAUAUUGCCUCUUUCCCAAAAAAGUUGCUCUAUUAAUUUUCUGGCAUAGAUACCUGUCUCAAGUGAUGAUUACUGUAUCUAAUUCUCUAGAAUUAUAGUAUUAUAAUUAUUAUACCAUAAUUGUAUCUGGUCUUCUUAACGAUUAUUAGCUAAGUAGAAUAUAUGCAUUUAUUUCUGGUAGCAGUAUUUCUGGUAGCAGUAUCAAUUAAUAUUUCAAAU